AUGGCAGCCCCGACCGAGAGCGUUGACGACCAGCACCACACGCCUUCCAUUGAAAAAGAGAGCGAUACGAAGAGUCUAGCAGAGUCAGCCCCCAUCGUAGCUCUUGAGGACGCCGAUGAGACAGCUAUAUUUUACAAUGCCAACAGACAUUCGGUCGGUCCACUCACUCCAGAGCUGCGCUCUAAAAUCGUCCGCAAGAACUUCUGGGCGCUGCUAAGCCAAACGUGGUGGAUCGCUUUUCUCAUUCACCUCGACAAGUCGACCCUCUCGCAGGCGAGCACGAUGGGCAUCUUUCGUGACGUCCAUAUGUCCAAAAAGACGUAUAAUGACCUCUUUCUGGUCUUCUAUGCCGGCUACUUGAUCGCUCUGUGGCCUGGUGCCUGGCUCUCUCAACGCAUUGGCCACCGUAUUUUCAUCAUCGGCUCUCUCUUUUUCUGGGCUCUCCUCAUCGGCCUUCACUGCACCGUCACCACCGGUCCACAAAUGAUGGCUCUCCGGUUCUUCCUCGGAAUGACCGAGUCACAAAUAGUCCCAUCUACUACGGUUCUGCAUCAGGCGUUCUUUCCGCCCAAGAAGAGCCCGUGGGUGCAGCUCCUGUGGUGGGCAGCUGGAGGACUUGCGAACGUCAUGCUCACCAUGGUCGCGUACAAGCUCAUCAUUGAUGAAGGUAAUGCCACGCUGCUUCACGGUCUUUCGUCGUGGAAGUGGCUGCACAUCAUCUGUGCCGCGGUCACUUUCGCCAUCUUCGUACCGCUCCUGCUCUUUCUGCCCAACACACCCGUCGACGCAAAGUGGCUGACUCGUGAAGAGAAGGUACAUACCAUUGCGAUGAUCAGAGAGACGCAUGCGGGUGUCGCGAACCGUCAUUUCAAAUGGCACCACCUUCGUGAGCUGUACACGGACCUCAAGAGCUGGUUGUUCAUCUUCCACAUGUUCUUCAACGAGCUUCCCAACAACACCUCGCAGCAAUUGCCACUCAUCGUUGUGGGCUUUGGAUUCACUCCAGCUGAAAGUGCUCUCUUCAACAUUGUCAAACCUAUCUGGGGCUCUGUGCUGAUCCUGGUCACAGCUGCAAUGCUGUAUAGCACUCGUCUCGGUGUCGGGUACACCUGCGCUCUCUCCUAUAUCCCGUGCUUCGUCGGUGGUAUCAUUGAGCUAGCGUCUCCUUGGUCGAACAAAGUAGCGCUUGUCGUUGGCACGCAAAUUUCGACCUUCAAGCCGUCGUACUUACUGGGUCUGUCUUGGGCUGGGACAACGACGACCGGUCACACGAAGCGAAUUGCCCUCAUGUCUUCAUGCAUCGUAGCAGCUUCGGUUGCCAAUAUGAUCUCCCCGGAGUUCUGGCAACCACAGUACGCACCCCGCUACAAGCUUCCUUGGGCUUUCAUGACCGCUUUCUGGUUCAUUUCUCCCGCCAUGUGUCUCAUCAUACGGUGGCAUUUGCAGAGAGAGAACAGGCGCCGUCAAGCUUUGCUGGCCCAGGGAGAGACGAAGGAUGGAGCGCUUGGAGAAGGUAAAAGAGGUCUGCACAAGGUCGAGCAAGCUAGACUCGAUCUUGGAAACAGCGAGAAACUCAACAUAGAGAACGAAGAUCUCGACCUCACCGAUCGCGAGAAUUUGCGCUUCGUAUACCCUUUGUAG